AUGGACCCUGAGUUUUAUUAUCCUGAGGAUCACAAGUCAUGCUGGGCUGGAGAUCCCUACAUGCUUAAACAGACAAAAGGCUACGAGUGCCAAGCUAGGACCGUUAGUAUCAGGUUGCUCUUACCAGGUUUUAGACAUCCCUGGAUUAAUCGAGAAGUUCCUCGCUGUAUCCCCAGGUUUCAGUUUUUUGAGUUGGGAGAUCUUGAUGGCGGAGACAAUCAGGCUCAAGGGUUCAAGUCUGCUCGUGACCUCUAUGUCUACCUCAAGGAGUCUCAAGGUGACGGAUGCAGUAGUCCGCAGAUCCGCAGACGAUUGUUUGUUCUGGAAGAUAUAGAUCCGAGAUUUGCGGAGGUGCUGGGAGUUAUGCUUAACGUUCCUGCCGUUUUCUUUGUGGCUCACUGUAAUGAUUAUGAUAAUCUUAGCGUGGUGGAUAAUACAUAUGCUAAGAAAAAUAACUCAAGAUACUGGAAAAUGCCGGUGCCACAAAGGCGUGUUAUACCUGAUACUAUACAAGAGGGUGGUCCAGUUCAGAUUUUGACGGGAAAUAUUGUCCGUAGAUGUAUUGUCCGUAGAUGGAAUAUGGAAAACUUGGUGGCAAACGGUAUCAAGAGUUACCAUAGUCAUGUAUCAUACUGGGGACAAGACCAUGGUGAAGGUUCGUGGACUGCGAUUCUACUCGUUGACCCUCAGCGCGCCUACCUUUUACCCGAAAAACAAAGUUCGAGUAACCUUGCCGAAAAUGUCACCUAUCUCGAGAACAUAGUGGUAAAUGAACCCGAGAUUCUAAGGACAAUUACGCAUGUUAUGGUAGAUCCACUCAGCACUAAUCUGACUAGUCUGAACGAAAAAUCCAUUUACGAUUUCCUCGUAAAAGCACAUCAGAGCCGCGACAUCACAUAUACCAAUGAUCCCUUCUCAGCCACCAUAUGUGCACGCAAUUUCAUAUGCGCGGUGCUAGAAGCAUGGAGCGCUCUUCACAGCGGGAUGGCGGAUAAAAUGAGUUGGGAAAAUAUAGACCGAGAAGAUGACUCGCUUGAAGCUAUGCAGCAGCAGGAUCGUAGGAUCAUUGAAAGAUACCAGAAGUUGAUUGAUCAAAGGCACAAUAUCAAGGUUGCGACAUGGAUAGUCAAGAAAACCCGUUGGGCAUUCCGCGAUAACGAGUGCAAUCAUUACCCAGGCGAGAGCGAAAACACGACCCAGGCAAGGAACACAACACAGAACGAAAGACAAGGUGACACAUUAAAGCGACUAGAGGAAAACCUAACAGAGAUACGAUUAAACAUCAGCCAGCACAUAGACGAAUAUUUCCAACGAGCAGCCCUAAGCGACUCCUACGCAAGCAAUAUUUUAACCUUAGCAACAAAUCGACAAACAACCGCCGCGAACAGACAAGCACGAAGCGCAAGCCAACUAACCAAAAUCGCAACACGGGCGAGAAACUUUUUCCGGUCUAUUGGGCGAUUUUUUGCCGAUGACGGUGGUGCUGUUGGCUUGGGUGUUGUAUGGGGAUAUUUUGGUGGUGCUGAGGAUGCUGAGGGCUUUUGUGGUGGGAAAUCAAGGUUCUGGUAUCUUGGCGAGUGA